AUGACUCGAAAAAGAAGUAGAGAUAUUGCUAAGGAGGUUGACCAGUCCAAAGAUAAUGCGAAAGUCGGUCUGAGAUUAUUUGAAUCAUCUUUUUUUGAUACAAUCAUGGAACCAUCUUCUUGUGAUGAUGUUGGAAUGCCCCAGCGACCUACUGCCAUGCAGUACGAACACAAUCGAAAGACCUUAGAAAAGCAUUAUGGUGUUGAAAUUCCCCACGAUAUAGUGCAUGCAGCUUCUGAAAUACUUAAAUUUAUAUAUUACCGUAAUAAAGCACACGUGUUGCCAAAAGUUGGAGUACCUCAAUUGUUGCAAGAAGCUGCCACUAAGUUGGCACGAGAUUUCGAUUCAGCAGAAAAAGAUCUGGAUCACUAUGCAUUUAUGCUUGAUCGUGCCAUUGUUGAGUCAAGGGAGAUUUCAAAGGAGAGAGAUCUUGCAAUGUCUGGCCCUCCUUACGUGAAAGAAGAAUUGGAGGAGGUGAAAUGUGCGUUGGAAGCUUUUAGGAACCGCUGGCCUGCCCCUUCAAAAGAUCACAUCUCAGUGGCCAGGCGUAGCUAUUUAGAAACUUUGUGCCAAGAUAUUAGUCGUCUUCUUCCUGAAGCGGAAGCACGUCAGAAUUUGGACCUUGUUUCUAAGUCCAUUCGAGAUCUCCAUGGUUGUGUGUCUGCACUUUUUCUUACUAUAGAUAUAAGCUUUAGACGCCGCCGCACUGUCACUCCUCGUUUUAUUGCAGAGUUUUCAGCAAAAUUCUUUGAUGUACCAUGUCGACCGAGUGUAAUAAGUAAUUGCAUUUUCAGGUGGCAAAGCUCAAUCACUGGUGUUCCAAGAAACUUCUUUCCUGCGCCCUUCCAGUUGUCAGUUGAACUCCUUGUGCAAAGAUUGUCCCGGGGACUCGUUGGUCUAGAUAAUCAACUUCGGACCAUCAGAAAUGCGAUGUCAAUCGAGAAGCCUGGAUCAUCUCAUCUGUAUUCUUUCCUCUUAUUGGGUCCUCCUGGUCAUGGAAAGACAGCAGUUGCCAAAGCACUUGCGAGAGAGAUGUUUGCCGAUAGGAUUGUGGAGUAUAAUGUGGCCGAUUUCACGGAAAAAGAUUUUGUUGAACAAGUGUGCACAUGUGGGAUUAGAGACUCGGGGACCCAGCUUAUUUCAAACAUUGACAAAGCAAGUAGAGCUGUCUUUGAUAUUAUCCUCCAGAUUCUACAGAACGGGUCAUAUGUUGAUUCUGUUGGGAGGCGAAUUGCUUUAUCAGGCAUACUGAUUCUCUUCACGUCACGUGUGAUGUUUCCAAGAUGUGAUUGUCCAAGAGUUGUUUGGGAAUCUUCCUUCAAGCCCCCUUUCAAGGGAUUAUUAAAGAGUGUACGGGAAAUGCAAAAGCCGCAUUGCGAUUGCAAAUUUCAGGAAUGUCUGGCUGAGGUAGAGAAUCGGUUCAAGCCUGGGUUUUCGGACUAUUUGGAUGACGUAAUUAUUCUCCCUUGGCUAUCUCUUUCUCGUUAUAUGUCAAUUUUCAGGAUACAAGUCCGUAAUGCAGCUUCCUUAUUUGGAAAAAAAGUGGUUAUCUAUCCAUCUGCCGCUGUGUUUCGAUGUGCUUGGUCGAAUAACUUUGGCAAGAUACUAGAGGGUCCUGUAGGCUUCAGAUUUGAGAUGCUGAAUAGGGUGAAUGAAAUUUUCCUCUUCAAUCCAUUUGCUUCAGACCUACUCCAUGGUGCUCGAUUGCCUAUGAACGAGGGCCCGCACCUGGUAGUGGGUUCACCGGGGAUAACUGAUGUAUUACUUGAUCUGUUUGAAAAUGUCAAGAGAGAAUUGGAUGGAGAAGGCAAGAGCGAAGUGAAUGGAAACACGACCAGAGGCGGAGACAGCAGGAGCAAACUUAAAGCAGUAACUAGUUCCAUUUUCCACAUAUCUACUCUCUUACAUUGA